AUGGAUAUUCCAGAAGACUUCCUCCAAGCUCCUGCCCCUCCGACCGCGACUAUCAAGAAGCUCGACUUCACCAAAACGACUCCUCCCAUCCCCGCCCGAGUGCAAUCGCUCCUUCAACUCGCCGAGCAAUCCAUAACAUCCCAAAAUACAAAUAAUGCACACCCAGGGAGAAUUCCCUGGGACCGCGCCCUGCUGAAUGUCGGUAACGGGCAACAGAUCAGCGCCCCCGGCUUCCGCAACUGCGGACGUAUCCUAUACGACUCGCCAGAAAUCGCAGAUAGAUUACUCAAUCGACUAUUACCGUUUCUGCGCGAGUGCGAUGUCGUGCAAAUCUUCAACCAGCCCCUGGUGACGGGGGCUGGACCGGCGACUCGCGGCGAGACUUUUCAGCUGACACGGCUGAACGAGAAGUUACGGUUCUUGAGAUACACGGGUGGGGAGUAUUUUCGUGCCCAUACUGAUGGGUGUUAUGUCACCCCGGAUGAACGAGAGAGGUCACUGCUCACAGUUCAUUUGUAUUUGAAUGGCGAGGGAGAGCAGAAUGAGGGUGCGCUCCAGAGCGCGAUCGCGAGACGGGAACGAGUCGAUGCUGGUGGUAGUGAUGGCAAUUCUGACUGGGGAGUGGUAUUUGGAGAUGGAGAUGGGGAUGAGGAUAUGGAGUCAGAGGAAGAGGACACAAAUCUUGAGGAUGGAAAAGAGCAAACCCUGCUCGGAGGUGCGACCUCGUUUAGACUGGAGUCUUUCGCUGGGGAGCGGGUGGUACGGGUGUUUCCAAAGGCAGGCUCGGUGCUGGUCUUUCAGCAGCGAGGGCUUUGCCAUGCUGGGGAUGAUGUGUUUCGGGGUGUGAAGUAUACCAUGCGGUCCGAUGUGAUGUAUGAGAAGAUCGAGAGUUGA